CUAUAUAGUACUACUGUAUUAUGUAAGUUUCCAACUCACCCUAUCCAGUCGGAUUACGAGUUUCAUAUAUUGAGAAAGUACUUUCUUUUUGCCAGCAAUUAACAUUUGGAGAGAAUGUCUAGUAAAUGCCCUUCAGUUUUGCUUCUUUCUCUCUUUUUGACAUUAAUUACUACUACUACUACUUAUGCUCAAUUAAGUGCAAACUUCUACUUCAACACCUGCCCUAAUGUUGAGCUCCUAGUCCGGAGUGCAGUUCAAGCUAAGUUCCAGCAGACAUUUGUUACCGCUCCGGCAACUCUCCGCCUGUUCUUCCAUGAUUGUUUCGUUCGGGGAUGUGAUGCUUCCAUCAUGAUCGCAUCACCUAAUAACGACGCCGAGAAAGAUCAUCCCGACAACCUUUCACUCGCCGGAGAUGGAUUCGACACCGUGAUCAAAGCCAAAGCAGCCGUGGACAGCGAUCCUCGGUGUACUAACAAAGUUUCAUGUGCAGACAUACUAGCCUUGGCCACCCGAGAAGUGGUUUCUUUGGCUGGAGGACCAUUUUAUCCGGUGGAAUUGGGGCGGCUUGAUGGGAGAAUAUCUAACAUGGCAAGUGUACAAGGAAGUCUCCCGAAACCUGAAUUCAACUUCGAUCAGCUCAAUGGCUUGUUUUCUAGCCAUGGUCUUGACACCACCGAUUUGAUUGCGCUUUCAGGUGCACAUACAAUUGGAUUUUCACACUGUGGCAGAUUCUCAAAGCGGGUUUACAACUUCAGCCCGCAAAACGCCAUUGACCCGACCCUGAACCUAGAAUACGCCAUGCAACUGAAACAAAUGUGCCCGCAACAAGUCGACCCGACCAUCGCCAUAAACAUGGACCCAAAUACUCCAAGAACGUUCGACAAUGUUUACUACCAAAACCUUCAGCAAGGGAAGGGACUGUUCACCUCUGAUCAAACUUUGUUUACCGACGGCCGGUCGAGGGCCACGGUGAGCCAGUUCGCCACCAAUCCGUUUGCAUUCCAGCAAGCUUUCAUAACUGCCAUUACUAAGCUUGGUCGGGUCGGAGUGUUGACUGGGAAUCAGGGUGAGAUUAGACGUGAUUGCACCAGACCAAAUUAACUAUAGUCACAUUGAACAAAAGAAUUGUUUGUUGGUAGUGUUAUUUUUGUGAUUUGUUUCGUAUGAUUGAUGUUCUUUACAUCCAUAAAUCCGGUGAACUAAUAAGGUUAAUAUCUCUCCAAUAAUUUAUUGUUUGAAAGAAAAAUGUAACACCCAAAAGGGUUCAUCUUUUCGUGUUUUCGCAUGUUAAAAUUUUUGGAGACCCUUGUUUGAUAAUUUCUUAGUGAAUUUUUCAGGCGCUUUCCCUGAAAAAUACUCCUGAACUCAGAGUAGAUAAAUCUAGGCUUCUCUAUUUCAGGUGAACAAUUUAUAGGUAUAUUGGAUUCUCAAAAUCCGAUUUUCUAAUUUAAUUAGUAAAUCAAAUUUCCGAAAUCCGACUUUCAUUUAUUAAUAUAAUAUUAAUUUUCGUUAUUUUGGCAAAGGAA